GGUUAGCGACAGCUAACUGAUGUCAACCGUUGCAUUGUAAAGAUCCAAAGUGCAAAUAUUAAUGUGAGUGAUGAGGCAAUGAUCGUGUUGCUAUUCACUAUUUAUUUUCCAGUGCAGUGUGUCAGUGUGUCAGAGUAUUAGUUCUAACAAAUGUGCAUGUGGCCCUGCAUCUGGACUCUCUUAAUACGGUUUAAUCCCUUUUUGUCAGUCGGCCAGGCUUUUUCCUCGCGCCAACACAUAUAUGGUCUAUCAUUUGUCUUCAAACAGAGAAAAGAAGCGUCCAACAGUAUCUUCAUCAUAUUUCAUAUUAUUCUGGUUACUUGAACACCUCUGGAAUAAUGCCGUUCGCAAACUUUUUUGUAUUCAAGGAGGAUUCAACGCUGGAAUAAGUCUUUUAUCAUUUACUGAGCACAACCUGGAUGACCCGAGCAACCGAGAUCUGAGCUGUUCUGACACGCUGAAGACUGAGCUCUGUCUGCUUUCUCACAAGACCAUGAUGGAUCCAUUAACUCACCCAAAGCGACCAAUAACUCGCUCCUGCAGUUUCGGAGACGCCACGUCUACGAGUGCCACUUUAGAUGUUUUGACACAGACUGCAGACCGAUGCCAGGAAGGAAAGAGGUUGCCUCUGCAGCGACGCAUAACUGUUGCUUCAUAUAUGCCUCAUUCUACGGAUCAGAAUGGAAACUUCCCUGACAAGGAUGUAGACAGGCAAGCGGUGAAAUCUCUCAGCGAGUUGAACACAGAAGGAGUCUGCCAGUGGUUUACCAGCAUUGGACUAGAAAAAUGUCUGCCUUUCAUCAAAGAGGCAAAACUAUGCGGAGCGGACAUAGCUUCUGUGGACGCAAACACGCUGGACACUCUCCAUAUCAUCACGUUGGAAGACAGGGAGCUUUUACUGUCAGCCAUUUACAAUGAGCUCCACCCUCCCAGCACCAUCACCCAGACACUCGACUCUUUGCUCGAGUCCGUAGGGCCCAAUAAUGUGGAGACAUUCACAGCAACAUUGUUGUCAAUGACAAAGUCCAAGUCCUCUCCUCACGUGAGCUGCUUGAGCCGGCGCUCCCUCAAACUCAGAAACUCCAACCAAAACCUCACGACACAGAGGACUCCUCAGAUGAUAGAAAUUACUAUCAAUGCAUUGGAGCAGAUUGUUCAUCUCAGAACCCCAAAGGAAACAACAGUGGGGAAAAUUAUGGACUCCUGUGUUAAAAUGUUGGGAACAACUGACGAUAAGAGCCUAUUCACUCUGAAAGAAAAGCAAGAUUCCCCAGAGGAGCUCUCUCCGGAUGAACAGAUAGGGACUAUUUUGACAGGAACACCAGAAAACCGGCAGCUGGAGCUGCACCUCUGUAAAAUGGAUAAACCAAUAAGUUCUCCUUCUCAAAGAAGUCCAGAAGACCAGCGCUCCAUCGAAAAUGGUAACAUCAACAAAAAUAUCCAGGUGAACCACCCAACUAAAGAAGAGAGGAUCAGGGAACUGAACCAACAGGUGGAAUCGCUACAGAGUGUCGUCCUUCAGGUCCAGGAGCUCCAUCACAACCUGGUAGCAUUUUGUUCCGAGUUAAAGAACAUGGAUGCAGAUGUGAAUUUGGACAGGCUUGGUUCUGCUGAGCUGAAACAGAGGCUGGAGAUGGUAAACAGGCGACUGAACGACAAGAAGCAAAGCCUGCAGACCCUCAGAGACAACAUUAACAACUCCACUGCUCACAAGAAGAAACAGUUGGAGGUUCGACUCUUGGAAAAGAUGAAGCUGAACUGCUCAGUGUUCAAGGAGGAAAUUUCCAUUGUGCAUCUCAACCGACAGGUGGCUCAGGUCCAAGAUGCUUUGAAAGAAAGCUACAUUAAGGAGGAAGCUCCAAAAGAGACUCCAGUUAUUGGCAGCCUGAGCCAGCUGGUGUCGCCGCGGUCUCCAGCCAUGCUGAUGGUGGUUCAGGAGAACCAAAGUCCUGACGGUCAUUAUGGCUUCACAUGUCAUCACAGAGAUGGCGGUGGACUGGUGGUGGUCACGGCGGACAAUUCUCAGCUCCAUGUGCAUGACAGACUGGUGGAGGUGAACAGCGUUCCGGUGGUCAACUCAACACUCGAGGAGCUGACCAACCUCCUCCUGCAGGGACCUUGCGCUGAAAUUGUUGUCCUUCGCCAACCCCCACCCACCCUGGGCACGUUGCCGUUCCUGCAGCACAUGGUCAGUCCUGAACCUGUGCAAGCAGUCUGUCCAGAAAGGGAUGUAGUAACCAUGGAAACCCCUCCACAGCGCAAAGUGAUGGCCAUAUGAAUAUAGGAAGAAGAGACAUGAAGGGUGUCGUUGAUAACCAAAUGUUGUUCAAAUGUUGUCUUCUGUUAGGUGGUUAGUUACCGAUCCAUGUGCAUCUGAUUAGUUAGGAAACCAUGUAGUAUGUCUAAUUCUUUUUUUUUACAUGCCAUGUUUGUAAUGUAUCAUCCAAUAUCUGCAGCAUAUUUACAGAACAAUGGCAAUGAAAAACAAACAACAAAGACAGCCCUCAUUUCUUUGGACCCCUACCUGUCUUCCCCUACCUGGGAAGAGAAUGGAAACUAAAAUAAGGAAGCCCAGAGCCUGGAAGAGCUUUGCUACGCUGUUUAUGCUAUGAGCAUUGUGGGUGCAACAAUGUGAGACUGAUGAGCGAUCUACCUGUUUCACCUUUUUUUCUUUCUUUUCUUUUUUUUUUUUUUUUUUUAAAUCGGAGAUAAAACUGCCGUCUCAACAAGUCUGACGUAAUGCGAUGACACAUCAAAAAGCUUUGUUUUUCCUGCUUGGUACUUUUCUCUCUACAGAUUAGACACAAAUGUGACCUUGAACAGUGUUAAAAGCCAAACAUAUACAUAGAAAAGAGUCAUGUUUCCCCUUUGUAGGUUGUAAUGUAAUCCAUUGUGUUGUAGGAAUAAACCCC